AGUGCUCUUCGAGAGCGGUACAGUUACGGAGCCGAGAGAGUUCGCGCAGUGACGGUUGGGAACCUGGCUGUGUCGUUGUGAGAGCCUGUCGGAGUCUAGACAGGCACGAUGGCUUCUCGGGCAGGCCCGCGAGCGGCCGGCACCGAUGGCAGCGACUUUCAGCACCGGGAACGCGUCGCCAUGCAUUAUCAGAUGAGUGUGACCCUCAAGUAUGAAAUCAAGAAGCUGAUCUACGUGCAUCUGGUCAUAUGGCUGCUGCUGGUCGCCAAGAUGAUCGUGGGACACCUGAGGCUCUUGUCGCAUGAUCAGGUGGCCAUGCCUUAUCAGUGGGAGUACCCAUAUCUGCUGAGCAUUGUGCCAUCUCUCUUGGGCCUUCUCUCCUUCCCCCGCAACAACAUUAGCUACCUGGUGCUCUCCAUGAUCAGCAUGGGGCUCUUUUCCAUCGCUCCUCUCAUUUAUGGCAGCAUGGAGAUGUUCCCUGCUGCCCAGCAGCUCUACCGCCAUGGCAAGGCCUACCGCUACCUCUUUGGUUUCCCUGCUGUCUUUGUCAUGUACUUAGUGUUGAUACUGGCAGUCCAAGUGCAUGCCUGGCAGUUGUACUACAGCAAGAAACUCCUAGACUCUUGGUUCACCAGCACACAGGAGAAGAAACAGAAAUGAAGCUUCCUCGAUGAACUGCUCUGAGGGGUGAAGCCUGGGCCUCUGUUGAGCAGAGUGAGAAGGCUAGGGGAACUGUUUUAUAAUCUUCUGGUAUUUAAGUAGCUGCCAUGUUGGUACCUACUACAAACUAGGCCGAAGUUCUGGUCUAAAGUUGUGUUGUUAUCUAUUGAAGUAGCAAAAUUAAAUAUAUGGGCUAGAUCUGAUUGGCCAGCAGCUGUGAAACAGACUUCAGCUGGGUGACGUUGAAGCCCUUCUGAAUUUUUCCCUGUAUGAUCCUUAUCCUUGCCUCCUGUUGGUCCUUCUCCCCACUUCCAUCAUCACCCUAAGCCACCAAGACUAAAAAUUUUACUUCCAUUUGUAGGUUAUGGGACAAGAAACAUGGGAAGCUGUUCCCCUUGCAGGAUGUGCUUUCUACUGCAAAAAAUUUAAACAAAUCUCAAUAAAGAUUGCCCUGUCCACUCUGUGCCUUGCAUGUGGGAUUAACGGAGCACUGAAAGGUGUUACUUUAGUGAUGGGGUUUACUUCAGUGAUUUUAGACUAGAGUUGAGUAGAAGCACCUUG